CUGACAUCAGCCUCCUGAGAGUUUUUGAGCUCAAACCUUUUGUCGGCAUAUCCUUUUGCAAACGCUGACUGGUGAACAACAUGGGUGACUGGGACUUGCUUGGCCGGUUGCUGGACAAAGUGCAGUCCCAUUCAACGGUCAUAGGGAAGAUAUGGCUGACCGUCCUGUUUGUGUUCAGGAUCCUGGUCCUUGGGGCCGGUGCAGAGAAAGUAUGGGGGGACGAGCAGUCAGACUUUGUCUGUAACACCGAGCAGCCGGGAUGUGAGAACGUGUGCUAUGACCACGCCUUCCCCAUCUCACACAUCCGCUUCUGGGUGCUUCAGAUCAUCUCCGUCUCCACCCCAACCUUGGUGUACCUGGGACAUGUCCUCCACGUCAUCCACACAGAAAAGAAGGUCAGGAAGAAGAUGAUGAAGAGCCAAGUACAGGAUGAGCAGGCCAGUAACUUCCUUAAGAAGGCCUACAAAGUCCCUAAGUACAGCAAUGACAAUGGAAAGAUUAACCUGCGUGGCCGUUUGCUGCACAGUUAUGUAGCACACCUACUGGCAAAGAUCUUACUAGAGGUGGGGUUUAUCGGGGGUCAGUACUACCUGUAUGGCUUCACCCUCCAGGCCUGCUAUGUCUGCAGUCACCUGCCAUGCCCUCACAAGGUGGACUGCUUCCUCUCCAGACCUACAGAGAAGACUGUGUUCAUCUGGUUCAUGCUGGUGGUAGCCUGUGUGUCUCUGCUCCUCAACCUCAUUGAGCUCUUCUACCUGUUUGUGAAAUCAGUCCAAGAGUGUCUGGAUCGAAGGCAGGACUACACGGUGACACCUGUCACCCCUGUCUUGGAGAGGAAGGCCUUCGAGAACAGAGACCAGAUUAUGCAGAACUGGGUCAAUUUAGAGUUGGAGCUGCAGGGAAGGAAGUUGGUCAGUGGAGUGGCAAAGAGUGUGGCUUCGGAAGACAACACUGCAAACAUGGGGGAGGUUCACAUCUGAGGUGUCAGCUUUUGUACACAGAUGAUUUUCUCAUAACAUGCAUCCAUACUAGGGUGAAGUUGUACCAGGCUAGAGCUCUAUGUAAAAGUAUGUAA